UGUCGUCAAAAAUUGACAGAUAUCCGCCAUGUUUAAUAAUAAAAAAGAAGAAAAUUAUAGGUUAUGACGCUUGUUUUGAAAUGGCAAUGCAAAAUAUCGUAAAUAAACUGGAAAACACUGACUUAAACGAUGAAAAAUCAAGCGAAGAACGAUCCUCAUCGUCCAGCGAAGACGAGUGCGAGGCCAUUCCGGACUUCCCGGUGGCUAUGUGGGACUUCAACCAAUGCGAUCCGAAGAAGUGCUCCGGCCGCAAACUCGCCCGCAUGAACCUAGUCAAAUGCCUGAAGCCCAAACAGCGAUUCCACGGGCUGGUCUUGACCCCUACGGCCCAGAAAUGCGUCAGCCCAUCGGACAGGGACAUCGUAGAGCACAAAGGCGUCGCGGUGGUGGACUGUUCGUGGGCGAAAAUCGACGAGACGCCCCUGGCGGCUUUGAAGCCCGCGCACGGCCGGCUGUUGCCCUUUCUGGUCGCCACGAAUCCCGUGAAUUACGGCAAACCGUGCCAGUUGAGCUGCGUAGAAGCCCUGGCGGCCGCCAUGUACAUAACGGGGUACAAGCAGGAGGCCAGGCUGUACAUGGGGAAGUUCUCCUGGGGGCAUUCCUUCGAGGAAUUGAACCGGGAACUCCUGGAGAUUUAUGCUCGGUGUACGGACAGUAAAUCUGUGAUUAAAGCUCAGAACGAGUACAUCGAAAAGGAGCAGAGGGAGCAAGAAAAUAGGAAAACUACAUCCGAUUUUCCAAGUUCGAGCGAUUCAAGCGAUGAUGAUGAUGAAUAA